AGUGAUCAAGUCGGUGGACCAAAUGCAAAAUGAAUUCAGAGAAACCGCAAAUGCAAAUGCAAUCUGGACCGCCUCCGCCGCCACCGUCGCAGCUAACACACGGCUCCACGAUUGGAGAGAGUUAUGGUGGUGGAGCAAGUGGUGGCAGCAAUAUACAUUACGCAAAUAUACCAACUUCUUCGGGCAGCAGUUAUGUUUCGAUUGGCAUGUUACCCAGCAAUGCAACGCCGAUGGCGAUGCCGUUGCCUUUGCUAAUGCCCAAUGCAACAGCAACAACACCAAUGACAUCGACAACGACAUUCAAAACGACACCAUUGCUGCCAAUGCCAACAUUGGAAGACAUUGAAGUGGCAGCCAACCCACAACCCACACAGCAAACGCAGCAAGUAGUAGCGGCAGCAGUAGCAGCUGCACCACCACCACCACAACCACCUGGCAUACUAAAAUAUUCGGCACCUAUGCAAACUGUUAUGGGUUAUAUAAGUGAUCUGCCGCCUAUAACUGCCGAUAAUAUAUCAACAGUGACCACAACAACAAUGAGCAGCAAUUGUGGUACAUUGAAGAGUAAUGCCAAAUUGUUGCCACUUCAAUUGGUGGCUGCUGCACCAACAAAUACAACACGUAAAGAGCCAUCGCCACCACCGACAUCACAGCAACAGCAGCAGCAGCAGCAGCAACAGCAGCAACAACAACAACAGCAACAGCAGCAACAACAACAGCAAUCCCAACAACAACCACAACGUCAGAGACAACGUCAAGCUGGCGGUUGGUGCUCCUGUUUCGGUUCAAGCACCAGAACCAGAGAGGUCAAAACACCGCCUGGCUAUACGACCAAAUCAAAGAAACGUAAACCCACAUCACAAACUGUAUGGUCGGCCCUGCUUACCAAUUUGGGUAUUUGUAUGCUUCUGCUGGCCUAUACACUACUCGGCUCCUUCAUAUUUCUAACCAUAGAGAAUGAGGACUCGGCUCUGCUGCAUCAGCAGCAUACUUUGGCCAGCACCAAACGCAACAUGGCAAUGGCUGCCAACGGGAACAGCAUCUUUCAACAACAACAGCAGCAGCAGCAGCAGCAACAACAACAACAACAAUAUCAUCAUCAUCAUCAGCAGCAGCAGCAACAACACCAACAAGGACAGCAACAACAUGCAGACAAUGACACGAUGGGCGCUGCAAUGGCUCACGGAUUGGGCCUUGGGCAUGACCACGAUGGUGGCAUUGGGAUUGGAGUUGGCGUCGGUGGUGGCAGCGGCUCUCCUUUAGCGUCAUCCAAUGACUUUGUUUAUGGUGUAGAUGAGGCUGACCUGGAGGCUGGAAUGCCACAGUUUGCCUUAUCGCCGGAUACUUAUGAUGUACGACAGCGCACCAUUGAGAAUAUCUGGGACAUAACCGUAUCCCUCAAUAUACUUUACAAAGAGAACUGGACAAAAUUAGCCGCACUUGAAAUUGCCAAGUUUCAAGACCAAUUAAUCAAGAGACUGAACGAGGAUGUUAUGCUGCAAUUAUCACACGACGAUGUGGCCAACGGUGGCCACGCAGCCAUGGCCCCAGGCAAUAGCGGAGUCGGUCCGGUUCCGGGUACAGGUUCGGUCCCCAGUUCAGGCAACAAUCCGGCCACAGAAGCUGUGCUCCUUCAUACACACUUUCAUCAUCAUCGUGGCGGCGGUGGUGGUGGUGGCGGUGGUGCCGUUGGCGUUGGCAUUGGCGGAGUGGGUGGGCCGCCACAUGAGUGGAAUUUUGCCAAAGCGUUUUUGUAUUCGCUGACCGUUUUGACCACAAUUGGCUAUGGGAAUAUUGCGCCACGCACCACUCUGGGACGCAUUGUUACACUGGCCUAUGCAUUUUUUGGCAUACCUCUGACAUUGGUAUAUCUUAGCAGCACGGGCAGCAUUCUGGCGAAAGUGGCACGAGAAGUCUUCUCCAAGGCAUUGUGCUGUUGCCUGUGCUCCAAUUGCGGCUACUGCUGCUACGACGAGAAACGCAUGGCAGAGAAGGAGCGCCGCAUGAAACGUAAACGGCAGCAAGAAGAAUUACGGAAACAGCAGGCGGUAAUGCAGGAGCCAUAUUACGUUCGCGAUGUCUAUCAUGCCACACCGGAGAAGCAAGCGGAAUUGGGUGGCGUUGGCGUUUCAGCAAGCGUUGGACCGACAGGUCCUGGUGGUGUUGGUGGUGGCGGCGGAAGUGGCGGGACAUCACUUGGUCCCGGCGAUAUUGAUUCACUGAGUGCUAGCGAAUCGCGCGGCUCCAUGCAUGGUCUUAGCAUAUUGGCACCCAUUUUACUCUGCUUUUCCAUGAUGAUCAUUUAUAUUGUAUUCGGAGCAGCUGUACUUUAUCGUUUGGAGAAUUGGCCCAUUGUGGAUGGCAUUUACUUUUGCUUCAUGAGCCUUUCGACCAUCGGUUUCGGUGACAUGUUGCCAGGCCUGAGAAGGGAAUCGAAUGCCACCACUUGGUUCUGUUCCGUAUACAUUAUGUCCGGUAUGACAUUGACAGCCAUGUGUUUUAAUGUCAUACACGAAGAGAUUGUCCAUCGCAUACGCAUUGUGGUGGAAUUCAAGAAGACUAGUGUGACCAAUGCUGGCGUUGGGGCCGGCAGCUCUAUGAUGGAUAUUACAGGACAUGAGGAAGGUGGUCAAUAUUAUGUGCCAGCUUCCUGACACUACGAGAAACGUGGACAUCUCUAUCAGCGUAAUCCCACCGAAGAGACCCUGGUGACAGAUACACCCACAUCACUGGUGCUGAAAGACUAUGUUAACCAUGAGUUGGUGCCCAUUUUAACAAUGGA